GUCAAGAUGGCGACCCUAGUGAAAUGCAUCUUUGGACCGAGGCUGUACCGUAUUCACCAGGCGAGCGUAGCAGAGCCUGGGCGGCUUUAUCGGCCUGGCUUCAUCGAGGCUGGCGGGGACAAGUUUAUUAAAGUGAUCCACUUCUGCUGGUCCCUCUCCUACUGGACGUCCCCCGUGCUGCUGACUGUACUCUACAGAAGAGGGUACUUCAGCACGGAGGGGUUGACGACCAUCGCCAAGUUCCUCAUCUCUAUCGGGAUCAUCUACGCUGUGUCCUUCUUCACCAGAGGUAUUGGCCGUUUUUCUAACCCAGACUAUGUGACCUUCAUUUCAACGUUGAUGACAUGUGAGAGAUCUCUCACAGAGGCCAACAGGCGAGCUUUGUGACGUUAUGACUAUGAGUUCUGGGCGUGACCGGUGGAUUUCCGCUGGGCUGAUGUCAAUCAAGGAGAUGUAAAGAAGGCCAAGGUUCAGAUUCCACGGUCAUCCCGCGGCCAGCCUGCUAGCGCCAUCUCCACACUGCCAUGCAACGUCAUCAGUUACAUUGCCAUUCACACCUUCGGGCGCAGGAUGGUCUACCCUGGCACAACCUCCAUCAUGAAGACGUUGAUCAGUGACACUCUAAUACAGAACAGAGCCAAGCUGGUAGAAGAGAAAAAGGGUGUGCGAGCGAAGGUGAUAACAGAGGAUGGCAAUGACAUUGACACCAUGUUCUUGGACCGACGCAGCGUCAAGUCAGGAAACGGCAACACACUGGUAAUCUGCUGCGAGGGCAAUGCUGGCUUCUACGAGAUUGGCUGCUGUGGGACCCCCAUGGACCUCAACUACUCCAUUCUGGGCUGGAACCACCCUGGAUUUGGUGGAAGCUCUGGAGUUCCAUUCCCUGACCAGGAGCAGAACGCCAUUGAUGCCGUAAUGCAGUAUGCCAUUCACAAGUUGGGAUUUCAGCCACAGAACAUCGUCAUAUUUGCCUGGUCCAUCGGCGGGUACUCUGCUAGUUGGGCCGCCAUGAACUAUCCCGACAUUAAAUACAUGGUGUUAGAUGCUACAUUUGAUGACAUCGUCCCUCUUGCCGUUUCUAAGAUGCCAGAAGUAUUAAAGAGCAUUGUAACAUUUGCUCUACGGAACUACAUGAACCUGAACAUAGCGGAGCAGGUUGUCAAGUACCAUGGACAAGUCCUGUUGAUACGAAGAUCUAAGGAUGAAAUAAUCACCACAGAGGUAAAUCCUGGUCUUCCUCCACAAGUUCGAAGUAACCGUGGGAACAUGCUUCUUGCUAAACUAUUGCAGUAUAGAUAUCCCAAAAUACUUGAUCCUAGUACAGCUGCUGUGCUUGACAUGUGGCUGUCAAAAGAGAGAGCUGAGCAGGCUGUGAUGUGGUCGGAGUACAAUGUUGAUGCUGACUGGUGUGUAGCCACAAUACGGUCUUACACAGAGGAGAACUCACAUUCAUUUCCUUGUCAUUUAGGAGAAGAUUUUGAUCAAGUGAAGAAAAAUCAAUUAGUUAUAUUCUUGGCUUCCAAGUACAUGGAGGAUUUUGACUCAACCCACUGUACACCGUUGGCACAUAAUUUCUUCCACAAACCAUGGUCCCCUCACGACUGAUGACAGGCUCAGACUAGGAGAAAAUCAAUUGUUGUCAUGUGACAAUAUGUAUUUCCUAUGUUUUACAUAAGACAGUGUGUGCACAAGGGGAGAUAACUGUGUUUUUUGUCAUCUUUCCUUAUCUGUUUUUAUAGUGUAUAUAUUGCUGUCAUAUUUCUCAUAAUUCAUACCUUUUUUCAUAAACAUUUAGCACUUAUAAUAAAUUUAGAAAAUAUU